AUGGAGGCCUACGUACAAAAUCUCCAUAGUCUGCUUGAGCAGACAGUCGCGCCAGAUACACAGAUUAUCAAGAAUGCUACGGCGACAUUAAACGCACAAUACUACAAAGCACCUGAGUGCAUUCCAGGGCUAUUCGAGGUAGUAGCGUCAAGCCCAAUGGAUCCAGUCAGGCAAUUGGCUGCCGUUGAGCUGCGUAAGAGAGUCAGUAAUUCUAAUGGUAAUCUUUGGAAGAAUUGCCCUCAAGAAAUCAGAACUUCAAUCAAAUCUCGUUUGCUUGAAGUAAUUCUGGUUGAGCACAGUAAUCUUGUUCGUCACUCAUGCGCUCGUGUCAUCUCUGCAAUCGCUGAGAUCGAACUACCAUUAAACACUUGGCCAGAUCUUUUAAGCUACCUCACACAAGCUUCUACUUCACCAAACUCUGCGCACCGUGAGAUUGGUAUUUUUGUUCUCUACGCCCUCCUCGAAACUAUCAUCGAAGGUUUUGAAAGUCACCUGCCUUCUCUCUUCGCUCUCUUCGCAAAAAGCAUAUCAGACCCUGAGAGUUUGGAGGUUAGAGUCACAACCCUCAAAGCCUUAGGAAAGGUCGCUGAGUACAUUGAUAUCGAUGAUAAGAACGAUAUUAAAACCUUCCAAAGUCUUAUUGAGCCAAUGGUUAUCGUCCUCCAACAAGCCUUGGAAGCCGGUCAAGAGGACUCCGUAAAAGCUGGUUUUGACGUUUUCGAAACAAUGUUGAUCAUAGAAGCACCACUCCUUUCAAAGGCUAUACCAGACCUCGUUCAAUUUUUCUUAACUUCAGCCUCAAAUUCAAACUACGAAGACUCACUUAGAGUUAUGUGUCUUAACUGCUUGCUCUGGACUGUCAAAUACAAGAAAUCUAAGAUUCAGUCCCUUGGUCUUGCCAAGCCAAUCUUGGAGCGCUUGCUUCCAAUCGGUGCUGAAGAAGAUCCAGAAGACAUUGAUGAAGAUUCACCUUCUAGAUUAUCUUUCCGUGUUUUAGACACUUUAGCAACAUCUUUACCACCAUCGCAAGUGUUCCCUCCUCUUUACCAACAAUUACGUGAAUACAUGAAUUCCCCACAAGCACCACUACGUAAAUCAGCAAUGAUGGCCUUCGGUGUCACCGUGGAAGGAUGCUCAGAGUUCAUUAGACCUCACAUUGAUGAGCUUUGGCCAUUCAUCGACGCUGGUUUGCAAGAUGGCGAACCAAUAGUCCGCAAGGCUGCUUGUGUGGCUUUGGGUUGUAUUUGUGACAUGUUGGGUGAUGAAGCUGCGGAGAGACACGGUGUGUUGCUCCCAUUAGUUUUCAACCUUAUGAACGAUGAAGCAACUCAACGUCCAGCCUGUACCGCACUUGAUGCCCUUUUGGAAGUUCUUGGAGAGGACAUCAACCAGUACCUUCCAAUGCUCAUGGAGAGAUUAGUUGGAUUGCUGUCGACAGCCCCACUAGCAGUUAAGAGUACAGUUACUGGUGCAAUUGGUUCAGCCGCUCACGCUGCCAAGACUCAAUUCGUACCCUACUUCGCACAAACAAUUCAAUUGAUCCUUCCGUUCCUCAACUUGACGGAAGAGGGUGAAGAAAUGGAUCUCAGGGGUGUAACAAUGGAUGCUGUUGGUACAAUCGCCGAAGCAGUCGGACCAGAAGUAUUCAGACCUGUCUUCCAAGAAAUCAUGCAGCAAGCAUAUGCAGGAAUGAACAUUGAUUCACCACGCUUGCGUGAAUGUUCUUUCAUCUUCUUCACCGUCAUGACUAGAGUCUUCGGAGAAGAAUUCUCACCAUUCCUUGGUGAUGUUGUACCAGCUCUUUUGCGCAGCUUGGGUCAAGACGAAACCGAUGAUAUGGAAGGUGGUGGUGGUGAUGGAUUGUUCGAUGCUGGCGAAGAAAACGUCGAAGAUAUUGAUCCAGAAAGAAUGCUAUCAGUAAAUAGUGCAAUGGCAAUCGAGAAAGAGGUAGCUGCAGAUGCAAUUGGUGAAAUUUUUAUCAAUACCAAGUCAAAUUUCCUGCCAUUCGUAGAGGAGUCUGUUGGAAAAUUGAUUGAUCAACUCGAACAUUACUACGAAGGUAUUAGAAAGAGUGCACUUUCAAGUUUAUUUGCUUUCAUGUCAGCAUUCUAUGAAAUAUCUUCACCAGCGCAAUGGCAAGCAGGCAUUGCUACAUCAUAUCAUGAAAAUGUUGAAAAGUUGAUCGAGCUUGUUUUACCUGCAAUCUUUGAUACUUGGGCACAAGAAGAUGAUAAGCAAGUUGUAACAACGAUUGUACAAGAACUUGCUGAAACUCUCAACAAGAUGGGACCAUCCUUGAUUUUAAGAGAUGGCCGCGUUGAAAACGUCUGUAACUCAACCGCUGAGAUUUUGAACGGCAAGUCACUUUGUCAACAAGAUCCAGAUCAGGAUGACGAACUAGAGGAGGAUGUUGAAAAUGCAGAGUAUGAGUCAGUACUAAUUCAAGCCGCUGGAGACUUAGUUGGUGCAUUGGCGACAUCAAUUGGACAACAAUUCUCUGGACCAUUUGGAACAUUUUUGCCAUUAAUUGCCAAAUUCUACGGAAAGGGUAGAGCCGUCGGUGAAAGAUCAUCAGUGAUUGGAACCAUAGGAGAGAUUAUCGUUGGAUUGAAGUCUGGUAUUACACCACACACAGAAAAUUUACUCAAGUUAAUCUUAACUGCACUUUCAGACGAAGAAGCAGAAGUAAGAUCUAAUGCAGCAUUUGCAACUGGUGUGUUAGUUGAGAACACUGAAUUAGACCUCUCAGGUCAAUACAUGAUGAUACUAUCGUCACUGAAACCGUUGUUUGAUGUUGGACAUGAGGCACCAAGCCCAGUUUUGAAUGCCCGUGAUAAUGCAGCCGGUGCUACAUCAAGAAUGAUUAUAAAAAACGGAUCAGCUAUGCCAUUGGAUCAGGUGUUAUCAGUAUUAAUCAGUGUUCUGCCAUUAAGGAACGACUUAUUAGAGAAUGGCCCAGUUUUCAGAGCUAUCUUCACGUUGUUUAGAACUAAUGCAAAUUUAAUAAUGCCAGAGUUGCCAAAUUUGUUGGCUGUUUUCAAGCACGUUCUUGAUCCAUCAUUGCCUGAACAAAUCAGUCAAGAGGUCAGAUUAGAAUUGGUGGAGCUUAUUAAGGCAAUCAAUCAGCAAACACCGGAACAAGUUGCUCAAGCUGGAUUGAAUGCUUACAUUUAG